CAUUUUAGGUCAAAUACAACCAAGAUGGCGACAGAGGAAGACAGCGUGGAUCAGGAGAUCGAAGAAGGGGAAGAGUUAGAGAAAGAAAAUAAGGGGAAAAAGGUUGCCAAACACGAUUCAGGAGCAGCGGACCUAGAGAAGGUUACAGAUUAUGUCGAAGAAGCUGAAAUUCAGGCUCAACAAUUUGCAAAUGCAAUGCAAGUGGUCUCCGACCAACAAGUCAAAGAGGCAGCGAGGAAGCUGGAGAAGGAAAAAGAACUGUCCAAAGUGAAGAUUAACAAAGAUGAUGUAGAUUUAAUUGUUAGAGAAAUGGAAAUACAAAGAAGUCAAGCAGAAAGAACAUUAAGGGAAUACAAAGGGAAUGUAAUUGAUGCAUUAAUGGCAUUAACAAACUGACAAUGCUCAUGGCAGCUUUGAAACUGGAGGUUUUUAUGGAAUGUGGUUUAUUGCUUUAAAGAGAAACUAAAAGGAGAGAUCAUAAGAGCAGAUGUGACUGGGGAAUCACAUCGUGUGCUCUACCAUCAGAAUGUCCCUGUGAUGGGUAGAACUGAGCAUCAGAUCUUCGGCUCUAUCUAAACUCUGAUUGUUCAUUUGUCAAUUCAAGUGCUGGCAAUGUUAGCAUCACAUCCCUGGCAGAUGAAAAUUAAUGAGCUCAAACUUUAUAAAAGAAGUGUCAUGGAAC